UACUGCUCACGCUGCUAGCUUCAAACCGCGCGAAACGAUGACGGCAAGCAAGAUGGAGUCGGAGUGCAGAGAAUUCGCGGCGGAAAGCUUUAAGUGCAUGGAAAGCUUCGGCACCGAUCGAGAAAAGGCAAAGAACGCCUGCGGGCCGUUCUUCGAGCGCUACAAGGAAUGCCUGCAAAGAGAAUCAGACGCGUUAAAGAAGGCACAACGUGAGGGUCCACCGCGAAGGUUCUUCGGAUGAACAGCACCGCUGCAGCGCAACAAGCAACAACAAAGGAUAGAUAGACAGGUAGAUGGAUGGAAGGCUGUACAAGAAUUUGGACGACAAGCGGGACGAGAACGACGACAGCGGCCACCCUUUUCCUCGUGGUGUUGGUUUUCUGUUGUUUUUUGGGAGUUGACUUUUUUCUUUCAGAAUUAGCAACUUUUUUUUUUUUUUCGUUUCACGUUCCAGGUGGUAGGAAAACAGUAGACCACAAGAAACGCGGGAGGCUUUUCGUCGAGUGUAGCAAUGUUUGCUUUUUUAUCACAGCAUAGGAAGAGGAAUGUUCCCAGGAUCGAUGCCAACGCAGCAAUCGGAGGUGUGGUAGACCGCCGGGAAUUUACCCCGUGUUGAUGUUCUCGAGUGUUGCAAGGCUGGCUUACGGCGUGCUGCUGCCUCGGAACAAGGGGGGGAGCUCCGACGAUAUAAUUGGGGUGAGGCGCAUUGAAGAC